UAUCUAAAUCGGAACUAGUUAGAAACAUGCGUAUCGCGGUGGUACUUUUUGCCUGCUUGGCCAUUGCUACAACCAGCUUCGCCGAUGUGGUGCGUCGGGACCCAAACAGAAUUGUUGGUGGAUCAUUGACCACAAUCAGCCAAUAUCCAUAUGCGGUCGCUCUGCUGUACUCUCCGAAUCAAGUUAGCUUCUCACAAAGCUGUGGUGGUUCUAUUCUUAACCAGAGAUCCGUGCUCACCGCUGCCCAUUGCUUUUGGCUCACUGGUAUGGUCGUUGGAACGUGGCGUUCUCGUGUUGGCUCCUCCUUUGCUAGCAGCGGUGGUACUGUCCAUUUAUCAUCUCAGAUCAUUAACCACCCGCAAUACAAUCCCCGAAAUGAAGACAAUGAUAUCUCAAUCCUUAGAGUCAGCUCUAACAUACAGUAUAUUCCUAACGCUGUUGCCCCCGCAUCUAUAGCUGGUGCCAAUUACAAUCUUGCCGACAACCAAGUCGUAUGGGCCAUUGGAUGGGGGCGUACACAGACCAACGGUGCACCAUCUGAGCAACUGCGUCACGUUCAAGUAUGGACCAUCAAUACGGUCGAGUGCAGACAGCGAUGGGCCGGUAGAAAUGCAGAAGUCACCAAUAACAUGUUAUGCUCCGGUUGGUUGAACGUCGGCGGUCGCGAUCAGUGCCAAGGUGAUUCUGGUGGCCCUCUUCUACAUAAUAAUAUCGUUGUUGGUGUAAGCUCGUGGGGUUACCCAUGUGCCGAUCCCUUCUAUCCUGGUGUCAAUGCUCGUGUGUCUAGUGUUUCUAACUGGAUUCAGGCCAACGCCUAGAACAAUAUUUUUAUCGUAAAUGGACUACAAAAAAAUAAAUGUCAACUAAUAUCUUAUUGUUAUUUUUGGAAUUUAAUAAAAUAUCUUAAAUUUCGUCUUAACUUGAAAAUAAUUUAUGAGUUAAAAAAUAGAUGAUUUAGUCUUUCAAUCUCCUAAUAAAUACUAACAGUCUCCUGUAAUCUUAAUUAGAUUAAGUUUUAUAUAUUGUAAAAAGUGUCCCUAAAAUCGGUCUUGGUCUGUAAUCGUGGUCUUAUACUUGUAUUUGCGCAAGACCACGACAUAAAUUAGGUUUUGAUGCAAGAGAAUCGCAGAUUCUUGGCAUCUCGCAAUUAUGUAAACCUCUGAUGUGAGGAUUAUUCAGUGUUUACGCUUACAGUUAGUAAACCGAUGUUUUGAUAUUGUUACCUAGAACUAUAUUGUUUAUAGUUAAUAUUAUCUAUAAUAAAUUAUUCGAUAUAUAAAAAUUCGAAAAUUGUUCCUCAAAUUCGUGUAAAAUGUAACACAUAGAAUGAAGAAAACGUUUCAUAGAUUUCUAACAGAGGGCGCUACGGGACAAAAAUAGUUAAAAGCAUAAACAAAGAUUUGCAACAAGCACAUGCGAAAUUUCGUAGGGGCCGCGUAAUCGUGUGUCUUGUAUUGGAUACAAGCAAACGGCAAACUAGAAGCGAAUAUUCUAUUUUCAUACAAAUUGAUUGCUUGGAUCCAAGACAAGAUACACGUUUGCGCGGCGCCUUAAGGUCUGUUGGGUAGUUCCGUAGACCAAUUGGGAGAGCAUCAGCAACUGUAUGGUGUAGUUGCUUCUUUGAGUCCAGCUGUGUGGAAGGAUUUUUUUUUAUCUAUAUUAAUAACAUUAACACAUUGUCAGUGCGUUUUGUCGAUUGUGUUUUUGCCUACCACACUACCGUUUUAAUGAUUAUUAUUACCUUUAUUAUUUUUUCGCAGAAUAGAUAACGAGUGAUUUAUGUAAACGAUAAAACCCAAACAGAAUAAAAAUACUAAUGAACAGUUUG